CUCUUGCCAAUAUUCAUGAAUAAAAUUCUCCCCUUCAUUUUAUUUAUUCAAAAACACUAUGGGUUACUCUAAAUAUUCAUAACUUCACAUUCACUCUGUUGUCGAAUUUUGGCAAAUAACUAAUUGUCCAAUUCUAUGCUUCACUGUAAUUACAGUCGUCCACCUUAAGGUUACAAAUACUUGAUUGGUCGAGAAGUAUCAACCAAUUGCGAUUUAAACUCUAAUCACCUGUGCAAUCAUGUACUUAUAAAUAUAUUGGAUCCGUCUACUUUGUUAUAAUAACAUGAUGACAAAAACAAUGGCAACUGCUCUUAUUUAACACCGUUUUUAUUACUUAUCUAUAAAACAGCUUGGAAAUAUGGGGCUUACAAAUUCGUAUUGGAUAAACACAACCAGAAUUAUUACAAUGAAUCAUAUCCUGCAUAGUUUUAAUUGCGUCUUUAUAUUACUGACCAUAAAAUUUUGUCAAACAAGCAAACACUUCUCAGAACGUUUAAUAUCAAACAGUUCAGAUAUUCAUGAUGAAUCCAUCAGCAAUUAUGUGUUGGAUACAAAAGAUCCAAAUUAUAAUUCUCUUCUCAUUCAUCAGUGUCCCAUAAAAUGCUUUAUAGAACACGAUUCUCAGGAUAUGGUGAAUUGUAUUUCAAACGAAGAUAAAAAGUCACCAAAAUUAAAGAUGAUAUCUUGUGAACGAAAUACAGAAGCUGGUGUGCUUGUUCUAGGUCAUAAAGAAUCUGUUCGAGGAAUUGUACCCGGUGCAUUGAGUCAUUUAUUGCAAACAUCAUCACCGACGAGUACGCUGCUAUCACGCAGUGGUCAACUAGAAUUUCAUUUAAAUUUGAAUAUGCUUCGAUUAGAUGCGAGAUGCUUUCAAGGUUUGGGUGGAUUGAUUACUGAUGUACGCUUGUUGAAUACGGUAUAUAUGCAUCCAGAUAGUCUAAUCGACUUACAGCAUUUAAGAUCAUUUGAAAUGGAGAGCGGCCAAACGCCAUUAUAUUUGUCGGACGAUUAUGUGGAGAAUGGAAAAUACUUUCAAUCGGAUGUAGAAGAAGCAAUAGGACAAAUUAAUAAACCUGUAUUUAUUCGUCUAAACCCGCUAGACAAUACAGUACCGAUUACUUUUAAUUUAAACACAAAAUGUCAUAAAUGUGCACUAAUUAAUGACAAUGAUGUGAGUAACAGUAAUGAUAUGAAUGAUAGAUCUCCAACAAAACCGGAUAAUUUAAUUAUUAUAGUAUUUACAAACAAACGUGAUCUGCCAACAUCACAAUACAAUUCACUUAAGUUAAGUAUGAUAUUUCCAUAUACCUGUCCAUUAAUCAAAGAUGGGAUCGGUUGUUUAAGACAAUCUGAUCUAACUGCAAUUGAUCAAGACAACUCAACUGAAAUGAACUCACUUUCAAAUAAACAAUCAUUACCAGAAUCACGAUCGGAAUCCUCAUUAUUAAAUAUUUCAGUUAUUGAACAAUUGAAAACAAUGACAUCUAUACAAACGGAAAGCAAACAUACACUAUCUCUUUCAAUUAUAUUAAUAAUAUGGUGCACAAUCAUCACAAUUAGUUUUAUUGUAGUUAUAUUAAUUGUACUAUAUUGUAUAAAAAAUCGUUUCAUUAAAAUUCCAUUAUCAACAAAAGGUGCGCAGAUAACACCAUUUAGCUUGUUCCAUUUUUGUGGUCAACAGAAUUCGUCGAUUGACGGUGAUGAAGUGAAUGGUAAUGUCGACGAUAAUGAUGACGGUGAUAUGGAAGAAAUCAGUUCUAAUUCAGUUUCUAGCGGAUUUUUUGCCCAACAACCUAAAACAUAUGUAACCAGUGAAAAAAAGGAAUUACUCCCAUACACGAGUGACAAUAUGACAAAUUUUAUUAUCAGUAGUAAAAAUACUCGAAAUGGUACGAAUGGUACGCGUAGUUCGUGGAGCAGUUUACAAAUAACCAACAACCCUUCUAUAAAUGCCAGGACUAUACAAUGUCGUUGUAGUGUUAUAAGUCUUAAAGAUUCAAAACCAACCAAUUCAAACACGUAUGGUGCCUUAUGCAACAUCCUCCAGUCAAACAAACAUAACAAUCAACAACAUUCUGAUAAACGAAAUAAUCAUUAUCCCUACAAAAAAACAUAUUUAUCUAAGAGACGUAGUAUUGGCAGUCAGACAGACUUUACUGAUAUUGAAUCAGAUAAUGCGGAGGCAUAUUGUACUUUAGAUAGGUAUAUUAUGCAAAAGCAUAAGAGAUAUCCAUAUACUGCUAAUAAUAAUAAUAAUGAUAACAUUUUAUCAAAACGCACAGCGAGUAAUCACAUUUUGCCUUAUUUUCGAAACAAUAAUUUAAACCAAAUGGAUGGAAUAGUCAUUACCAAGUCAAGUAUUUAUUCAAAUAAUUUAUUUAGUCAUAGUAAUAUUACUAUGAAUAAUAAUACUAGUGCAAAUAAUGAUAAUACUGAUAGUAAUGUGAGUAGGACUUUUCAAAAUUAUAACGAUACCUCAGUUGCUAAACGGCCAAUUAACAAUGGCACAGAUGUAUUCAUUCUAAUGAUUGAUAACAAAUCUAAAUCUGUACGUAAUCUACCUCGUACAAAUCCUAUUCGUCAACUUUCAAAUCCAGUAAAUAAACAAGGUGAAUACAUGAAAGGUGACUGGAAGCAUCACGAAGUUUCCAAUGGUUCCGUGAUCUAGUCAAGAGGUUGAUCAUCGGUGUUUAAAAUAGGAAAUGCUUUUAUUUUCCCUUCCAAGAAUAAAUGUUCUACUACUAUUCGUACAUAUGCCCAUUCUAUUCUUCUUCUUAUAAAUGAAUCAGGUGACAUUUGUAGCAAUAUACAAUUCCAUGUUAUAUGAUAUAUGUAUUUAUUUAUUUGUUUAUAUUAUCAACAAAUUUGUAUGUCAGUGAUGCAUGUAAACUUUUAAGGAAUGGUUCCUCGAAACUUGUAAUCUAGAUAGUGUUACAUACAUGUUUUGCAUUAAGAUGAAAAGUACACUCUAGAAAUAAAUAAAUAAAUAAAUAAAGAUGAACAAUUUUAAUUUAUUAUUUAGUUGGUUGUUUUAUACUAGCUCUCGUGACAGACCUAUUACACAGGCUUUUAGGACCACUGCUUUUAAAGUAAACAGAAGUAAUCAGUACAUACUGUUGAGUUAUUGAAAGAAACAAGAUAUGUACCCUUAAUAUGCUAUUCAUGUAAUAAGUUCUUUCAAUAUAUCUUCAAGAAUCAGUGAAUAGCAAUAAGUUCAAUAGAAUUGUAGAAAGAUCCCGAAAUUGCUUUAAAAACUGUCAAAAUAGUCCUUUUGAAUUACUUUUAUUUACAAAUUUAUUUAAUCCUUUGGAAUCUUGGAUGACAUGGAUCCUUACUUAAUGGCAAUAAUCCUAAGGUAAUGUAUUAGUUUUAUAAGAAUAAACAUCUUACUCAUGUACAAAACAGUGUCAGUAUGAAGCUCAACAAGUUAUUCUUAUACUGCUCAUCAUGGAAUCUGGAAUUUACCGUUGCUAAAUUUAGGUGGAUUUGAUUUGGUGAUCAUUAUCUUGAUUUGAUUUUACCAUGUAUGUGAAGCAGAUUUACAGGUUUCAUUCUGUAGUAGACUUAGUACUCAAAUAUUUCUGUGAUUUGUCUUUCUCGCAGCAGGACACAAUAUAGAUAUUUAAGUCACCCCGACUUCUGGGUUACAUACUAAGUGGCUCCUGGAACAAUAACCCGCCUAUUUUAUUAUAAAAGUGUAUAUUCGAUAGCUUAGAAUAAUGAACAUAUUUGACCAAAGACCUAUCACAGUAAUUUUUUGUCGUUGUUCCGUGCUCUUGGUUUUCGUUUUCUUUUUUUUAGUUGUAGAUGAACAUUUUUAUACUGUGCUGAGACCGGAAUUACACUUCGCAUACGUGAUAUCUCAGUCUUCUUACGAAGAAAAUAAUGGUCCCUAACUUCCGUAUCCUGUCCAACAUUUGUCAUUCCAAAAACACUCAUGAUGUUGUAGCUAUGCCACUUUCUUGGAGUACAUUUGUUUUUCUUACAUUGGUCAUCAAAGUAAUUCUUUACUUUCGAAAUUGAUAUCUGUUAUAUUGUAUACUCGGAUAUCAAACUGUACUCUUAAAUGUUGUCACCUCUGAUUACACUUUUUUCACACGAUUACCACCUUUUUGACAAAUGAUCAAUCUAAAUAAAUAUAUGAAUCACAUUUUUUAGAAUAAUAUACCCUUACUUUUUAUAUGUUGCGAAGUCUGUAUACUGAUAUGGAUUCUGUAAUUUUAGAAUAAACAUAUGAACUAAUAAUUAUCAUUAGCAAAAUGUUAAUCGAAGUUAUCUUAAGUCCUGAACAUUAGCUGAAUUCCCU